GCCAAUGAUGGAAGGAAUUCCCAUCUCCAUCAUGGCUGGAAAGGUUGAUAUUGGCGAGUUCCAUACACAUUUCAAUUCAUGCAUAAAGAGUAUCGAAGCGAUUCGUUCGCAGGAUGACAAGAGGAAUGCGAUAGCACAGCUCAAGAAAGAAGUGGAAGCGGUUGCACACCUUCUGCCGAGUUAUCAACAGUUGUCGUACAGUGAGGCGAUCAAGCGUGAAUUGGACUCUCUGGAUAAGCCCAAGACGAGGUUCAGGUUCACACAGCGUAGUCGUCAACCGGAUCCCAGCAGAAAGGAGCUGAAGAAGUUCGAAGACAGCGCAGUGACGCCCACUGUCACCGGCGUCAAGGGGACACAUCUAACGCUUGGACAGUCUAACGUCCUUCUCACAGAGCUGGAUAGUUGUACUGUUAGAAUCAAGAACGCCUCCACAGUGACACUCAAGAGUGUCAACAAUUGCACGUUCGUGGUCGAGUGCUCAGGCCCUGUUUUCAUCCAAACCGCUUCAUCUUGUCUAUUCUUCAUCGGCUGUCAUCAGCUAAGACUGCACGGUCUGUCUAACUGUCAAAUAGACGCUACGAUCCCAUCUGGACGAGCCGUUAUCGAAAACUGCCAUGGGCUACAAGUUCAUGGAGUCGAAAUCGACGAUUUUGACUAUCCGAACGGGAAAAGCCCAAACUUCACUCUCGUUCAGUUCGACCACUCCGUACUGAAAAGAAGAGAAGAAAUACUACAAAUGGGUGUAUAGGCAUUAUAUAAUCAACGCUAAGCACCACAAAGGCCU